ACAUCAUGGACGACCACAAGGCUGUGUCUGGCAUUGGAGCUUUCUUUUAUUUCUUAUUUAUUUAGCUGUUUCAAUUCCCACUUCCUUUUAUAAUGUAUUAAAAUUUUGAAUUUCCAAUAAGUAUACCAUAUCCACCAUGAUCCUAAAGCAUAGAAUAACAGCAGCCCUCGGCGGCGUUGCGAAUAGAAACCACAACAACAAUAGUCUUGUAAUAGGCCUUGCUGUUGCCAUCCCACUGGCCGUCGUCUUCAUACUCGUCUGGUGGUUUGGCUGCCAACGGAAGAAGAACAUGCGCAAACGACAAGCGUUCAAAGCCGGCACAGGCAAGGCCGAAAACACAGGCGUAGGAAAGCAGCGACGAAAAAAGCCGGGAAAGAUGGCUGCGUGGUUUGGGUGGGACAAGAGAGUAAAGCCAGCUCCAAGGAGAGAUGAUCCGAACCAGUUUCCAAGCGGUGAUGUGUAAGUUCCCUCCGUCCUCGACUGGAGGUCCACCAUCUAAAUGCCUUUCAAUCGAAGAGACGUAGCUAACUGUGAUAUAGUGAAACUGGCAAGAAUCCACACUGGAGCAACUGCUUCCACGCAUAGAAGAUAGUAAUCGGAAUUGUAUUAUUAGCAGGCGUCAUUUCAUUCGUCCCACAGACUUCAAAUACCACAUAAUCACAGCAACGUACGCUGCUAGAUUAUUCCACCUACUCCCACUACCAAUCAUUCCAAUAACCUCUUUUAACUUUUCAAACUACCUUGUACGACCUCAAGCCAAACUAUCAACCCAAUUACCUCAUUCCAAAAAUUUGUGACCAUCAAUCCCAAACACCACACCACACCCUCCUCAACUUGUAUAGCAUCCCACCCUAUCUCCGAACCACUUUCGCACUCAUCCCCCCCAGCUUUCAUACACCUGAACCUAAUUGACCCGGAACUCUUCCUAGUGGUUAAACUGUACCAAAUCCCACAGAUUCCCAUACAGAUCCUCAAACACCGCCACCGUCCCAUACUCCUCCACCUUCGUCUCCCUCACCCACCGCAC